UUUGCGAGUUUACACCGCCAUCUUACGUCCACCGUGUCAACUUGUGUGUGUUGGAUUUGGUGCAGUAAUUUCGUGUUUGAUUGUGAGUUGUGACGAGAGCAAGUUAUCAAAAUACAAACUAUUCAGUUUGGCCGAUAUUCCGCCUGCUGUGCAGUACAAAUAAUCUAUAUUAUGGGAUGAUAAUUUGCAACAAUGUCCGACGUAAAGCAAGUGAAAGUUGACAACUGGGGAAUAUAUUUCCUCCAGAGGCUAAAGCAUUUCUUUAAUCGAACGGAUUACUGUGACUUGACGCUACAAUUUCAAGACAAUGCCCAACUAAAGGUACAUCGAUUAGUACUCAAUGCUUGCACCGAGUACUUCGAACUGUUGGAGCGAACAUGCGAGAUGUACGAAGAUUGUUUGGUGAUGCCGGACGACUUGCAAGCCGAUGUCGUCGUGCCCAUCGUCAAUUUCAUGUACACGGGACAUUUAGAAUUCAAGCAAGAAUUACUCGAAAGAUUGUAUCAAACAUCUCAGAUACUAAACAUGCCUGUGUUAAGUAAACUUCUCGAGUCGCACCGCAUCCAUUUGCCUCCAAAACAACCAACUCACAGUUAUAGUGCCGCCAAAAGAUACUCUAAGCAAAGUGAGCCUAGAACUACAAAGACAUCAACAGCAGCUACUACUAACAAACGCUCCUAUAGCAAAGCUUUUGACAAUUCUGUAGUCUACAAAGAUAAAAGGUCUUAUCAAACUGUGAAUAAACCUGACACCAGUCUCAACACUUAUGGAGGACGAGCUCCAUCGCCUAUAUCAGUGGAUCCAUUUGCGUCUCGAAAAACAGCCUUAAAUGAUCCUCGUCCAACCAGAUACGAGUUACCUGAAGAACUGGACACUGACAACGUGUUUGACAAUUCAUUUUGCAAUAUAUCUUAUACUUCUCAGCCACUGAUGGUCCAUCCCGACACUGUCAAGCGCUAUAAAGCUAAGAGAAGUAAUGUAUUUGGUGAAUCAUCAGGCUCCAAAAAAAUCCCCACAAUGUCUACAGUUGAUAUUGUUGAAUGCAAGAAGAUAUCAUCUAAAGAUGACAGUUUAUUUGAUGACAGUAAUGCUGAUCAUAGUUUUAAUAAUGAAUCUGAUUUGUUUAAUGCUUCCUACUUAGAAAGUGAAAAAGAUACUAACCAGCUUUUUGACCAGAUCUUAGACUCUAGUGAUAGCAGUGGUGGUCCGAAGGUAACAAUAGAAACUAAGGACAGUAAAGCUGCCUCCAACCUAGACCAUGCAAGAAUAAUAAGUGAAGUUUUGAAGAAAUAUCCUCAUUUGGUGAAAAGCAAUAAGAACAUAAAGCUGAAGAUUCUGGAUCCUGUUCCAGGUAAGAGCAAAAAACAAUCAAAAUCAUCUGCUCCAGUUUAUGUUGAAGAAAAACCAGUCAAGUUAAAAAAGGAAGUUGAAGAUUUUACAUAUGAAACUGACAUUAUUGACUCAAAACAAGCAGCUAAACUUAUUGCUAUGGGUGCGGAGAAUACAAAAGGCCCUUGGAUAUGUUUGAUAUGUGGUACACCAGGAAAAGCCUUACAUUUCAAUUCAUAUUAUAAAUUCCGUCGUCAUUUAGUAGAAGUACACAAUGAAAAACCAGUAUCUAACAUUUGUGAAUACUGUGGCCUCAGAUCUUUGAAGAGAAAUUAUUUAUUGCAUCAUCUGUAUGCACAACAUGGAGUACAGCCUCCACCGCAGUAUCAUUUCCCUAAGUGCAACUUAUGCAGCUAUAUUGCAUUAACUGAAGGCCUUCUGGUCAAGCACAAAUUGAGUCACAAGGAUAUUAAAAACUUCCGCUGUAAUGUUUGUUCAGCCGCUUUUGCAUCAUCUAGUCAACUACUGCAACACAUACAAAACACUGGACAUAAGUAUUCAGCUGAAAAGAAACCUAACCUGCAAUGCAUCUAUUGCUUGAAAGUGUUUUUGCGAGAGACAAACCUCUAUGCACACAUUAAAACACAUCAUAAAAUUGAAGCUAAAAGUGAUGGCAUCAUUGAAGAUUCUGAUGAGGAGGAAAAACCAAGAGCAAAGCCUGUCAAAUUUGAACCUAGUACUAGCUAUGACAAUGAGUUUGAAUUAGAAAUAGACUUACAGUAUCCCUCUCCACAGCAGAGAUCUGCAGCUGAAAAACAAGUUACACCUAGGAAACAGGUUAACAUUGCCAAUCAAAAACAAAAGAUAUUAAAUGCUGGCUUUGGUACUCCAAAACCUGCACAAAAGCCUAAACCUAGCAAUAGUAUGAGUCCAUCUGUGCAUAAUGACUUCUUCCAAGAUAUCAAAAUACCUAUUAGUCCACUAUCAAACAAUAAUCAAGAAGAUGAGAUUGUUGUUAUAGAAAACAAUGAAUAUAUUAUGAGGGAUAAUCAAUUGAUUCCUAAAAACAGAAAAACAUGUAACACUGACUUUAUUUUAUCCUCCUUAGAGGCAAUCCAACCGCCUACAACAACUGUAGACUAUGGUAACAUUCAAAACACAGAUGUUGCAGAAAAUGUACCUCAGCAGUCCAGUAUGAUAAUAAAGAAAACUACAAAUCUUAAUCAACCUAUACAAAUUGUAGUGUCAAAUGAAGAUGAAUACAAAGCUUUGAUGGCUUCUAACCAUCCCAUUAUAUUUGAUAGUGGUGAAUCAAACAAAACUCUCACAGUAUUAACCGCACCCCACCACAACCAAGACGUUGAGACAAGAACAAUUGAUUUGGACACUACUCAAUCAAACGACAUGAUGAUUCUUCCUGAAGGAUAUCAUUCCUCGCUGAAUGUGUCUGAGGCCGUCACAUCUGAUAACUCAAACAUUGUGGUGGUUUACAGCCAUCCUGUUGAUGAUCAAAACAAGCAAUUCCAGAUUAUCACAACUGGGGGAGCACAGUUUGUGCAAUCUUCUGCAAUCAUAACACAAAAUUUUGAAACUGUAACUACCUCUACACCAACAAUGAAUGCACAUUGCAUUGAAACACAAGUGGAUCAAAAUUGGCAAAAUAAUAUGCAAAGCUUAGAUGGUCAGGAAAUACAGCUACAUUCACAUGCUGUUAUACAAGGCGUUGAUUCUAAUCAAGUAGUAAUCAAGCCUAUUCUUACUGAAACAGGUGAUAAUUUAGAAGAGCUUCCAGAAGUACAUUUAGGACAUGAAAUUCAAAAAGAACUACCUCCUAGUGAAACUGAUAUUGCUCUUGAUCAGUCAAAUAUAACUAUUGAACAUAUAAAUGAAACUGUUGAACAUAAUGUUGCAGAAGAACAAACUAAUGUAACAGAGUUAAAUUUGAUUGAAAAUGAAACAAGUAAUAUACCUGAUAAUGAAACUUUGGAAACAGUUCCUCGUACAAAAUCAAUGCCCGAAAUUAAUACUAAUGAUGAAAACAUUCAGGAACAAAUGGAAAUCGAGAAUGUACUCCAACAACCAGGUGAAAUAGAGAAUGUUAUGGAACAACCAAUGGAGACAGAUAAUAUAGAACAACAAAUUGAAACAGAGACAGUAGUAGAACAUCCCAUAGAAACAAGCAAUUCAGUUGAACAACCAAUGUUAACUGAGGGUGUACUUGAAGAACCAAUAAGAGCAGACAAUGAACUAGAACAACCACUAGACGCUGAUAGUAGAAUAGAACAACAAAUAAUGACUACUAAUAUGGCAGAAGAACCGGUUCAAACUGAAAAUAUGAUGGUACUCCCAAUGGAAACUGAAAAUGUUUUACAUGAACAGAUCAGCACAGAAAAUACUGUGGUACAGUCUAUAGAAUAUGAAAACAUUGAAAAACCGGUAGAAUUAGACAAUUUUAUAGAAGCGCCAGUAGAAACGGUACCCGUAGAAAAUGAAGGUGCAGCAGAACAAACCUCCAAUCAAACUGAAGUUUCCUCAAAUCAUGAACAACUUGCAGAAGCUAUGAGUGAAUACACAGUUAUUGAAAACCCUGAGAUUCCAUCUGCAUCAGAAGACCAACAAGCAGAACUUAUGGCAUCACAAGCCUAUGAUGACAUUGUAGAAAUAAAUCGUGACAUUAAUGUAGAACCCAAAGAAACAGAGCUGGUACAAUCACAAACUUAUGAUGAAAUAGCAGAAAUUACCAAUACCAAUAAUGGGGAACCAAUGAAUAUUCACAGAGGAAAAGGUAAGAUUCAAAGUUUAACAUCAGAGUGGUCAGAAGAUGAGUUUGAAGUUGCAGAAGACCAGGGCAGUAGAAUUACUGCAAUUGCAUCAAACAGUCUACCCCAACCUCAACCUAAUGAAGAUGUACCAGAAUUAGAAGAAUCAAUAGAGAACAUUCAACAAGAAGUACAGAAACAAAUACUGAUGCCCCCAGCCUCCAGCAACAAUCUGAUGCAACCUGUGCAUCUGGCUCAGCCUGAACCAGAUGUUCAGGUUGAACCAGAUUGUGAAACUGAAGAAAGUGCUGUUUCUUCCCAAGAAGAAGACUCAUCUAGCCAGGAGAUGAUUCUUCCUCCAUUGGUUGAGUCUCCUAUAUUAGAAAAUCCGCAAGCACAGCAGAAAAUAUCAUCCCUACUGAAUGAUUGGGAGGAUUCCCAAGAAGAAAUUAAUACUGCCAGUGAGAAUACUGACCUAAAAUCAACAGAAGAUCGAUCCUUACCUGAUAGUUCAGAAGUUCCAAAGAAUGACAAUAUCAAAAGCUUGGUCAGUGACUGGGAUGAUGACGAGGAAGAAAUUAAGGAAUGACAUUUCAAAUUUUAACCAGAUCUUCAAAUCUAAUUGUGUGUUGCUUAAUUCAUGAACAAUCUUAAGAUAGUUAAACACAGUUAUACACUUAAUAAAUGCCUAAAUAAAUAGUUAGCCCUUUCCAGCUAUCAUUUGAAUGUAUUUAUAUAUUUUAUAUAAAUAGUUAAUAAGUAGAACUACUAGUAGUACUAAGUAUGUAGGUAAAUAUACAUAAUUGUUUAUGUAUCAUAUAAAAAGCAAUGAGUUUAUAUAAGUGAUUUAUUAUAAUGUUUUAAUCAUAACAUUACAAUUCUUAUUAUGUUUUAUCAAAUAGAUAUACCAUGCCACAUGUUCUGUAAAAUACAAUAGCAGGUCACCCUCCCCAAAUCUGUCAAAUUUUACCAUUCUAAUAUUGACCUGAUAAGGUUGAAAAUCUAUUUAAAUUUUUUGACAGAAUAAGGUAGGGUGAUGUGCUGUUGUCUCUACUUAGAGCAUAUUAUUACAGAAUCAAAAUAUUGUUAGUUAUUUAGUGGUGUAGCUUGCAUUAUUCUAAAUAUUUAACAUGAACUGUAUACCAGAUAUAAGGCAAUAAUAUGUAUACAUCAGACUUCUGAUAAAAGGAAUACCUAUACUUUAACCUUAAAUUAUGGAAAAGAUACUGAAUACAUGCCUGUUUUUAAUAAAUGGGUCGAUGAAAUCAAAAUUCUUGU